CACACACACACACACACCCACACACACACACACACACACACACACACACCCCUCCCCCUCCCCGCCCUGACGUCACCGUGUAGCAGAAGAUGGCGGCGCAUGAGAAGGCGGAAGGUUUCGCGCUGCGGUCUGAGACAGUGUGGAGUAUGUGACUGCCCCCUGCAGGCUGGAGUGAGUGAGGUCAUCUCACCAUGAACAAUAAGGACAGCACCUCAGAGUCCGAGAAUAAUCGUCAGAUGAAGGUGUUUUUGCCCAAUAAGCUGUUGGAGUGUUUGCCCCGCACAAGCGCUCUGCCCAAAGAGAGACUGCGCUGGAACACCAACGAGGAGAUUGCAUCAUAUCUGAUCUCAUUUGAUCGACAUGAAGAGUGGCUCUCCUGCACACUUAAGACCAGGCCACAGAAUGGAUCGAUCAUCCUGUAUAACAGGAAGAAAGUGCAGUACAGGAAGGACGGAUACUGCUGGAAGAAAAGAAAAGAUGGAAAAACAACAAGAGAGGAUCACAUGAAGCUGAAGGUGCAGGGCACGGAGUGCCUGUAUGGUUGUUAUGUCCAUUCCUCCAUCGUCCCAACAUUCCACAGGAGGUGCUACUGGCUGCUGCAGAACCCAGACAUCGUGCUGGUCCACUAUCUGAAUGUGCCGAGUGUGGAGGACAGCGGGAAGGCGUGUGGGCCAGUUCUGUGUGCCGUCGCUGACCGCCGGGACGGACUCCGCUGGAGCCGUGACGAGCUAACCUCACAGCUCAAACCCAUGUUCCACAGUAUGAAGUGGUCGUGUGGGAAUGGGGCAGAGCUCUCUAUAGAGCAGCUGGUGCAGCAGAUCCUGGAGUCACAACAGACCAAACCCCAACCCCGUACACACGCCUGCCUCUGUAACCAUGCUUCUCCCGGAGUGAACAUUCCUCACCGGUGUAACAGCACCAAGCAUCGCAUCAUCUCCCCGAAGCUGCCAGGCCGCCCCUCCCCCUACCCCGCCCUCACCGAGGUGCAGAACCUCAGCACUGAGGGCUCAGGAGGCGGAGCCAGCAGGGAGCCAGGGCUGGGAGAUGUUCCGUCUGGGGGCGUGGCCUCUGAGGGAGUUCUGCCUCCUGUUGGGGCUGGAUGCUCUAACUCUACAGUUGCCACGGACAACGGAAAUAUAGCUUCCCCUUCCUCCUCCUCUUCUUCCUCUUCCAGCCCUCCCCAAACCCAGCGCGCAGCAACUAUUGCCCUUAGCAACGGAAACGGUUUCUACAGUGACCAGCACAGUGGUCUGGCGACCAUGGCCCUACCACAGAAUGCAGUAAUUGUCAUGACAACGACAGCACUGGGGCGGUCAGGGGAGGAGUCUAAAAAUGAGCUGGGCUCAGCCCAUCUGUCACUCACACGUGCUGGCGGAAGAAUUGUCCUGUCCCCUGUACCACCCAAACCGGAAACCCCCUCUCCUCCAACUGCCACCUCCCCUCCCAGCCCAGCACCGCCCCCUCAUGCCGUUUCACCCAACCAGGGAGUGGCUACUCUUUCACUCACUCUUCUGCAAAGCCCUGUAAUUGGAAGCCUGCUGCUCACAGAUCGCAUCAUUUCAGACAAGCCUGCCUCUGGAACUUUGCUCCGCCCACCCUCACCGUCUCCUUCCUUAAUGACCCCACAUCCUCCUGUGACUGACACCACCCCUGUUCCUGGUUCCACAUCCUCUCCUUCUGCUCCACUUCCCUUUGACCCCGACUCCUUCCUCAACAGCCCCAAACAGGGCCAGACCUACGGAGGCUCCUCCCUUACUCCGCCCAAACCAGAAAAUAACCCCAGCUCCUCAUGCCAGACCCCACCUUCUUCAUCGUCUCCUCAGCCUCCAUCCUUGGCACUUUCUCUCUCUCCGACAUCUCCUCCCUCGUCUCUCUCUUCCCUCUCUCCCCCUACUUCCACCCCCAGCUCGUCCUCUCUCUCUCCCUCACUCUCUUUCUCUCUCUCUCCCUCAUGCCCCGCCCCCUCCCUCCCAUCACUCUGUCUAGACUCCUCCCUCGGCCUUGAUUCUCUAACCCGUCCACUGAGUCCCGCCCUUGAAGCUCCUCAGGGCCCUUCAACACCACUGGAAGCGACGCACCAAAGCUCUGCAUCCCAGUUUCCACAGCAGUCUCCUUCUACUGAAGUACAGACCCCACCCAGUCUUCUGUCACUCAGCCAGCUACAAGCCAAUCAACUAUUGCCUUCACAGCACUCGUCAGCCAAUCAACAGUCGAGCAGUCAGCUGUCAGGCAAUCCGUUCCAGCUCAACCAAAUUAGACCCAAUCAGCUUUCGCCCAAACAGCCACAGACCAAUCAGCUGUCUGCUGCUGGAGAGACUGCGGUGUUAAGGCAGCAACAGCAGCAGCAGCAUUACAAUGAGGCUCAGUGUAGUCUCCUAGUCACCCAGACAUACACACACACUCCAACAAACACAAACUUGUCGCCUGCACGGCCAGUGGUCCGAGGUCUGCGCCACAGCCUGAGCCAACCGGCCUUGCUUACAUACACCGACACACACUCGCAGACACACCCUGCAAACGUCAGCCCUGUCCGUGUUAAAGAAGAGCAAUCUCCGCCCAUAAAACAACACGCCCUUCUUCGCGAGCUUGAUCUCGAAGAGACGCCCAUGGACACAAACCACAGUUCAGACCCCGCCCACACAGGCAGCGAGGAGGCGGAGCUCUCGUUUGACUCCACCUUUCCCGACCUCAUAUCUGAGCUCAUAACAGAAGAGACAAACUCUCACGCCGCUCCUCCCAACCAAAGCCACACCCAUGCCACCCCCACUUUCCCUGUCAGGUACAUGGUCCCUCCCCAGCCGACGCCCUCCACCUCCUACCUGCCCUACUCGCUCCUCACGGCCACUCACACAUACUCUCACACACACCAAUACACUCCGGGUGAGGAGACCCUGCGUCUGGCCAGCAUCACCGACUUCUCGCCUGAGUGGUCUUAUCCUGAGGGAGGGGUGAAAGUGUUAAUAACAGGUCCAUGGUCAGAAGUGAGCGGCCGCUACUCGUGUGUUUUUGAUCAGAGUACAGUACCUGCCUCCCUCAUUCAGCCAGGUGUGCUGCGCUGCUACUGCCCAGCUCAUGAAGCCGGUCUGGUGGCUCUGCGUGUGAUGAAGGAUUUGGAUGCUGUUUCCUCGUCAGUGCUGUUUGAGUACCGUGCCCGAAAUGCAGCAUCCCUACCUAGCUCUCAACUGGACUGGCUUUCAUUGGAUGAUAAUCAGUUUCGGAUGUCCAUCCUGGAGAGGUUGGAGCAGAUGGAGAGGAGAAUGGUAGAGAUGGCCAACAACAAUCAUCAACAUCAUCAUCAGCAGCAGAACAAUCACCAACAACAGCGUCUGUCACGGCAGCAGAGUUUACCUGCAUCCCCUCCACGCCUCACACCUGAAAACCAGUCUGGCCCGUGGUUCGAGCGGCGGAUCGUGACUGUGUGUGAGCGAAUGAUGAUGGGGGGUCGUUGGAGGGGCAGUGGAGGAGAGAGACUCACACACUCCGUCCGACACAGAGGGAUGACCCUACUGCACCUGGCAGCUGCCCAGGGUUACACACAGCUCAUACAGACUCUCAUCCAAUGGAGGACGGUUAGUGCUGAUAGUUUGGACCUGGAGCAGGAGGUGGAUCCGCUCAACGUUGAUCACUUCUCUUGUACACCACUGAUGUGGGCGUGUGCAUUAGGUCAUCAGCCAGCGGCGGUGUUGCUGUACCGCUGGAACAGUGUGGCUCUGGGUAUUCCCGACUCUCUGGGGCGCCUCCCGCUGGCCGUGGCCCGUUCACGUGGGCACACGCGGCUUGCACGCUGCAUCGAGGAGUUGCACACGUUUGCACAGGCACAAGAGCUCUCACACACUCACACGCACACACUUAGCCUGGACACGUCGCCACCACCUCAGCUUCCACUGUCUCCACUCUCCACCAGCCCGGAUACAGGUUUAAGUUCGUCCAGUAGCAUUCCUUCCCCCAGUGACCCACCCUCUCCCUCACCGAGCUCCGCCUACUCCAGCGGUUCAGUCCCACCCACUUCCCCUCUGUCCAGCCCUCCUGACCCCAUGGACACCUCCUCUAGCUCCUCCCCAGUCUCCUGGGAAGCGGUGGGCGGGACAGGGUCAGGUCACUCCCCCCAACACACGCAACCGGACUACACACACUCGCCCUUCGAGGCCGAGCUGCUCAACUACAGCGAGAAUGCAGAGAACGAGGACUACCUGCCUGCAGAAGUAUUACAGGUUGACAUGGCAACAUUGGCAGAGCAGAUAAUUGAGGCAACGCCAGAGCGAAUUAAACAAGAAGAAUUUCCCAGGGAGGCGGAGUCACCGCUGAGAGAAAGGCGGGAUAACCCUGCAAUUCAUGACACCAUGCCCUGGCUAGCACCUUAUCUCGAUACUGUAGACAGGUGUAUGUGUCCAACCCCACAGCCACCUUCACCCCUCAGUUCUCUGGCCCUGCAGAGGCUUCGCCCUCCAAGUAGUGCAGCGUGGGCGGAGUUUCUAAAUGCUUCAGCCAAUGGCAGGAUGGAGAGGGACUUUGCUCUGCUAACGCUGACGGACAGCGAACAGAGAGAACUAUAUGAGGCAGCACGCAUCAUCCAAAAUGCCUUCAGGAGAUACAAGGGGCGGAGACUGAAAGAGCAGCAGGACAUGGCAGCUGCAGUUAUACAGAGAUGCUACAGGAAGUACAAACAGCUAACAUGGAUUGCGCUGAAGUACGCUCUGUAUAAGAAGAUGACGCAGGCUGCGAUCCUGAUCCAGAGUAAAUUCCGGAGUUAUUAUGAGCAGAAGAAGUUCCAGCAGUCCCGGCGCGCAGCCGUGCUGAUCCAGCAGUACUACCGCAGCUACAAGGAGUACGAGCGCCUCAAACAGGGACCCCGCGGAGCCAACACCCUCUCCACCAAGAUCAAAGGAUCGUUCCUGACGAAAAAGCAGGACCAGGCAGCUCGCAAAAUCAUGCGCUUCCUCCGCCGCUGCAGACACAGGAUAAAGGAGCUGAAGCAGAGCAAGGAGCUGGAGAGGAGAGGCCUUACCACCUGAUUACACACAAAAACACACACACACACACACACAAAUAUAUAUUUUCUUUUCUGUAGAAUCCUAAAUGGUCAUGUUUACAGUACAAACUUAAACACACACACAAACACACACACACUGCGUCUCUCUCUCUCUCCUGCAUGUGUGUCGAGGAAUGAACUCAUCCGUCCGCUGCCCUUUAACUCUUGCUGUGCGUUGUGUGUGUGUUUCUCUUCGCCUUUGUGCUGCAACUAAGCUUCGGAAGGAGUGUGUGAUCAGAGAAAGAAAAAGAGUGAAAAAGAAAAAGAGAGAGAUUGAGCUUUACUGUCAAUCCUUCCUCUGACUGAAGAGCAACCGAGGACCUUCCAGAGCUUUCCUUUCAUCAUACUGUCCAUGAAAAACUAACAGAGAGAGAGCAGCUUUUACUUACACACAUGUGCAGGCACACACACACACACACACACACCUGUACAGCUAUAUCGCACAUCAUCUACACACUUCUAUAUUCUACAGAAAAGAGAUGAUUGUCUUGCAUAUUGAGUUUAUUUACUGAUCUGAGGUGUUUUAGGCAUGUUUGUUUAUUAUUAUGACUCAAUGUUUACCUGCUCGGAGGAGGGGCUUAAUGCUUUACUGCCCCACCCACUGAACUUAUUAAGUCUUAGACUUCUAAAACGAGGGAAAAAGAGAGGGAGGGAGGAAGAGAAAAAGGGAAACCCUGCACCACUUCAGUCAGUGUGUGUGGUGUGUUUCCAAAAAAGUCUUAAACAAUUCAUUAUACACCCCCCACAACAAAAAACACUCACACACACACACAUAUGAAGUGUGUAGCCCUGGUGAUAACGGUAACGGUUGCAUGAUAUAAACAACCGCCCUGUAUUGGGAUAUUAAAGAUGGGCCAGGAUUAUUAAGUCUGGAUCCUGGAUCCUCCCACCUCAUACUAGAGCAUGCUGUGAUUGGUCAGAUGGCUCAUUUCAGAUAUUGACACCUGCUGUAAAAGGCCAGUAUAACUAUAUUAUAUAUGAUUAUAAUGUAAUAUGGUGCUGCAGCCUAGAUAUGCGUCACUGUGCAUGCAUGUGUGUGCUGAAUCAGACUACCUGAUUGAAACCUGCUUUGUCAGACUGGCUGAUAGAAAUGAUGAUGGUGGAGAAGCUGGAUACACACUUUUAACACUGCCGUUGUUUACAGUUUUGUUUACAAAUCAACAAAUCACACCCAGGAUUCGACUGUAAACGUACAUUUAUUGAGGAUUUAUUACAGUCAGGUGACCAGCACAACUCACUGACACAGAUAACUGCCCACUGGAUGUACAAAAUGACAGAAUAACAUUAAUUCACAGUAGAUUAAUACAAUUAUUUGUUAGUUCAAAGAUCAAUAAUCGAGUUAAUUAGCACUUUGUUGUAUGAGUAUGUAAUUUAUUGACUGAAGAACUAAAUGAAUUGAAAAGGCUUGAGUAUGUGUUUACGUUUACCUGUAAAUAUUUUCCUGGAAGGUUUGAGAAAUAUGCUCUUCGAAAGGUCUGUUAUCCAACAAAAGGUUAGUUAUUGUGUUAUUGAGUUGUGCCCAAGCUUAGAGUUAAACAGUGUUAUACAGUUAGGUCCAGAAAUAUUUGAAAAGUGACACAAAGGCUAUGUUCACAUUACAAGCCACUUUGCUCAAAUCUUGACGGUUCAUAUUCAUAAAUAUUAGUGAUCUGUAUCUGUGUGUAAUGUGAACAAAUCUGUCCCUGAAACGCCUUACAUGCGGACAUCGGUACAUGUAUAAACGUCUCCUUCACCAACGACAAAAAAUGUCAUAUUUGAGAGACGACUUGUAGCUCUAUAAGGGGAAAUGGAUGCGUUAGCAGCUCAUAUGUGGAGCAUCGUCUGAAGUUCAUGCUCAGGUCGAGGAGGAGAAAAAAAGGACAGGCAGCUUGCUUUUGCUGUUUUUCCAGGUGUAGCGCAUGUGUAAAAGCAAAAAGAUGCAUUAAAUUCCGGUUUGACCAUUCACAUUCAUGUAAUAUGUCCAUGGAUCGGAUACGUAUCCGAUUUAGGACCACAUAUAUAAAAGUGGCUCAGAUCUAAUUUAAAAAAAUCGGAUUCGGCAUGUUCACACAGUCAUGAAAAAAAAUCAGAUCUGAGCCACAUUGAGCAAAAAAUCUGAUUUGAGUUACUUCAGCCUGGUAAUGUGAACAUAGCAAAGAGCAAGUCUAGCAAUCAUUCACCAAGAGAGGUACACCAUCUCAAACUAGUCCUUGAGAGACUUUUUUAUGAACAGAAUUUCACUAAGUAUCUAUUCACACCGCACCUGUAUUUAAUUCCAUUUAUCUCGAGUUUGCAGCAAUACGUGGUGUUGUAUUCACGCAAAUUCACACCAAACCACUUCUGAAUGUGUUCUUCUUAAACACAAGGAUUUUGUUUAUGAUGAGCAAUGUCUGAAAGCACACACAUACACGUCCAGUGUGAGCUCUAGGCUGUAGGUGUGGUGUAGAGGUAUUGGUGGACGGGAUUUGGGCCAUAAACACAGGGUUAUAAAGGGUGUAGAGGCUUGAACGGAGGACUGUCAGGGAUGUAAAGGUGUAGGCGUAUGGAUAAAGAGAUGUAUGGGUUGUAAAUUAGGGGGUUGUUUCUGAUGGUGCAGUGCCUUGAAGUCUUUUUUUACGGGGUGUAAAGUCGCAGUCCAGCGCUGCUCUCGUGCACACACUCGCUUGUUUCUGUUCAGAGUAGAAUUGAACCCGUGUUGUUUAUAAUGCGUAGCCGUGCGGUUAGUUCUGCAGAUGAGUUGACCAGUAUGUCUGUCCUUUACGGCUCUGCAUGUUCUAACGGAUGGCUCGUGCUCAGCGGAGUCAAGUUGUUAUGCAUUAAUGUGUAUAUAGUGUACAGUACGAUAUAUAUAAAUAUAUAUAUAUAUAUAUUUAAAAUGAACUGAAUAUGUUUGCUUGCUUGAUAAAAAAAAAACAUAUUAUAAUAUUAUACAUUUUUGUUCUUUGGAAAUGUAUACCUCUACACUUAUGCAUGAUUAUAGUUCUGUUUGUGUUUAUUUUGUUUUUGGGACUGUUAUCGAUCGAUUGUUUGGCAUGAGUUCCUUUAACUUUGACUCUAAAUUAAGACGCUACGUGUGCGACUCAUUAUUGCUGGUGUUUAAGUGAGUUUAUUUAUCAGAGCUUCUAUGUUUGGAUUGUUUUUACUGUAAAUUCAGUUUCUUGACCUUUUUGCAGAUGUUUAGGCUGUUUCAUAAUUAUUCAUUAAAUGAGAUUUAAGUGUCAAAA